CUAAGAUUAUUCCAACUAAUCUCAUAUUUAAAAGUGAUAAUAAGAUAAAAAACCUCCUCAUCAAGAGCUUGCAGGAUUUCAGAAAGCUUCGAACCCUAAUCCCUAAUUUCCAAUUCACACCUAUUGCAAUUACUGCCUCCGCCGCCACCGCCACCGCCAUAAACGCUCCGCGUACUGUCACAAUCGUCACAGAUUCAAGUGAAGGAUCUGCUCAUUAUCGUAGUUACGAGAAACAGGCAUAAUUUCAGUUGUCUUAGAGGAAGGGAGUGUCGGGCAGGAUUACUAAUACUAUUUUGUUUGAUCUGAAACGGUGCAUCCAGAUUGCCAAUGGGGAAAAACGACUUUCUCACACCUAAGGCAAUUGCCAAUCGAAUUAAAGCAAAAGGACUGCAGAAGCUUCGGUGGUAUUGCCAGAUGUGCCAGAAGCAGUGUCGUGAUGAGAAUGGUUUCAAAUGCCAUUGCAUGAGUGAAGGGCACCAGCGUCAAAUGCAAAUUUUUGGACAAAACCCAACCCGCAUAAUUGAGGGCUAUACCGAAGAAUUUGAGACUACGUUUCUUGAACACAUGAAGCGUAGCCAUCGGUUUAGCCGUGUGGCUGCGACUGUAGUGUAUAAUGAAUAUAUAAAUGAUAGAAACCAUGUUCAUAUGAACUCCACUGAGUGGGCUACACUUACUGAAUUUGUUAAGUACUUGGGUCGAACUGGAAAAUGUAAGGUUGAAGAAACACCCAAGGGAUGGUUCAUUACAUACAUAGACAGAGAUUCAGAAACCCUGUUCAAGGAGAAGAUGAAGAAUAAGAGAAUCAAGGCAGAUUUGGUAGAUGAAGAAAAACAAGAGAAGGAGAUCCAGAAACAAAUUGAAAGGGCUGAGCAAUUGGUGCAGCUAUCUAAUCCAGAGUCCGAUCAGCCUUCACAGGUAGAGACUACAAGGGAACUAAAUGCAGAAGAUGGAAUUAAGAUAGGAUUUUCUCUUGGGUCGUCUGCUAAACCUAUAGCCAAGGAUAAAGGUGAGGCAUCGAGGAUGGCGUUUGACGAGGUUGAUGAAGAGAAAUAUGAGGAAAAGAAUCCUGUAAACAAUUUGAAGAGGAAAGAAAGUGGUGGUGGAAAAUCAACUUUGGAUGAAAUGAUCCGGGAGGAAGAGAGGAAAAAGGAAAAAAUCAACAGGAAGGAUUAUUGGUUGCAUGAGGGAAUUGUCGUUAAGGUUAUGAGCAAAGUCUUGGCAGAGAAGGGAUACUACAAACAAAAAGGUGUUGUGAGAAAAGUGAUUGACAAGUAUGUAGGGGAAAUUGAAAUGCUAGAAAGCAAGCAUGUGCUCAGAGUUGAUCAAGAAGAGCUUGAAACUGUGAUACCACAGGUUGGAGGACGUGUAAAAAUUGUAAAUGGGGCUUAUCGUGGAUCCCUUGCUAGGCUGCUCGGGGUGGAUACAGAUCGAUUUUGUGCUAAGGUGCAGAUAGAGAAAGGUGCCUAUGAUGGUAGGGUGCUUAAAGCCGUGGAAUAUGAGGAUAUUUGUAAAGUAGCCUAGUGAGUUUGAUUUAAUGAUAAUUUUUGUGAUUCUGUUCAUUUGCAGGAGUUGGAACAUUUGUUGUUAUGUAUUAUGCAGAAGCUCUAGACUCUAGUGUCAUCUCUAUAACAUAAGUUAAACCAUGGCAAUUAUCUCUUUUGGUAAUUUAGAAUUCUGAUUUCUGGCUAUAAUUAAUGCCAGAAAAGUGCAUAAAAGGCUGGUGACUGCUAGUAACCAUUGUAUCAUGUUUGAUUGUAAAUGUUAUUCAGUUUUAUUUCUGAAUGUUACUGGUGAAAUAGAAAGAGCUCUUGUGGGUG